AUGUCAGUAUUUCUUUACGGUUUGAAUAUUAGCAACCUUCUCCACAUUUCUUUCUUUCUUUCUUUCUUUCUUUAUUUAUUUAUUUCUUUCUUAAUUCUUUCUUUCUUUCCUUUUAUUAUUCCUCCUUUCUUUCUUUCUUUCUUUCUAUCAUUCCUCCUUUCUUUCUUUCUUUCUUUCUUUUCUUUCUUUCUUUCUCUCUCUCUUUCUUUCUUUCGUUCUGUCCUUCUUUUAUUCCUCCUUUAUUUCUUUUCUCCUUUCUUUAUUUCAAUCUUUCUUUCUUUCGUUCUAUGCUUCUUUUAUUCCUCCUUUCUUUUAUUCUUCUUUUCUUUCUUUCUUUUUUUCUUUCGUUCUAUCCUUCUUUCAUUCCUCCUUUCCUCCUUUCCUCCUUUCUUUCUUUCUUUCUUUCUUUCUUUCAUCCGUUCUAUCCUUCUUUUAUUCAUCCUUUCUUUCUUUCUUUCUUCCUUUCUUUCUUUCUUUAUUUCUUUCUUUCGUUCUAUCCUUCUUUCAUUCCUCCUUUCUUUCUUUCCUCCUUUCCUCCUUUCUUUCUUUCUUUCUUUCUUUCAUCCGUUCUAUCCUUCUUUUAUUCAUCCUUUCUUUCUUUCUUUCUUUCUUUCUUUCUUUUCUAUCCUUCUUUCAUUCCUCCUUUCUUUCUUUCCUCCUUUCUCCUUUUCCUUUCUUUCUUUCUUUUUUUCAUCGUUCUAUCCUUCUUUUAUUCAUCCUUUCUUUAUUUCUUUCUUUCUUUCGUUCUAUCCUUCUUUCAUUCCUCCUUUCUUUCUUUCCUCCUUUCCUCCUUUCUUUCUUUCUUUCUUUCUUUCUUUCGUUCUAUCUUUCUUUCAUUCCUCCUUUCUUUCUUUCCUCCUUUCCUCCUUUCUUUCUUUCUUUCUUUCUUUCUUUCUUUCAUCCGUUCUAUCCUUCUUUUAUUCAUCCUUUCUUUCUUUCUUUCUUUUUUUUUUCUUUCCUUCUUUCUUUCUUUUUUCUUUCUUUCUUUUUUCUUUCUUUCCUUUCUUUCUUUUUUUCUUUCUUUCUUUCUUUCAUCCGUUCUAUCCUUCUUUUAUUCAUCCUUUCUUUCUUUCUUUCUUUCUUUCUUUCGUUCUCUCCUUCUUUCAUUCCUCCUUUCUUUCUUUCUUUCUUUCGUUCUAUCCUUCUUUCAUUCCUCCUUUCUUUCUUUCCUCCUUUCCUCCUUUCUUUCUUUCUUUCUUUCUUUCUCUCUUUCUUUCAUUCGUUCUCUCCUUCCUUUAUUCCUUCUUUCUUCCUUUCUUUCUUCCUUUUAUUCUUUCUUUCUUCCUUCCUUUCUUUCUUUUAAACAUUCAUUCCUUCUUUCUUUCUUUCUUUCUUUCUUUCUUUUUCACUUCUACACUUUUUGCUCAUUUUUGA